AAGACGUCUUUAAUUAGCAUUUCUACCUUUGCUUUCCGUCAAAUUAAAGUUGUCUUAGCUAGGCUUUCUCCUUAUCCACAAGUUUCUCCAAUAUCAUAUAUAUCAAGCCCCCGCCGCCGCCGCCUUUUCUCCUCUUGUAUUCCUGAAAUCCCAUCUUUAUCUCCGAUCCGAUCCUUCAUAUCAAGCUAAGGGAAUUGAAUAUCCGAUCCUUAGGCAAACAUAACUUCACCGAUCUUCAUUCCGAUUGAUCCUAGCUAGCUAACCUUCUUUUGAUCAACUCCAACUAAUCCAUGGCUGACGACGACCAGAGGAAAACAACAUCAAGGGAACUCCACGAUCAUCUUGACGAGGAAAGGACAUCGGUGAUGCUUGCAAUGUUCGAAAGUGAUGGAAGCGAGGAUGAUGAUGAUAUGAGUGAAUAUUCAGAUGAUAGUUUUCAAGCUUCAUCCCUACGAUCUGGGAUUGAAGGAGAAGAAGUAGAAUAUCCUGAUUAUGACGACUACAGUAAUUAUGAGGAGAUAGAGGAGGAUGACAUUGAUCCGGAUUUGCUAUCGUACGAGGAGUUGAUAGCUCUGGGGGAGUUGGUUGGAGUGGAGAGCAGAGGAUUAUCAGAAGCAGAAAUUACCAAGUCUUUGCAUCCUUCUACCUUCCAAUCUCUCACCUCCAAAACCCUCGUUGAUCGGUGCGUAGUAUGUCAGUUGGAAUAUGACGAAGGAGAGAAGCUCGUUGCCCUACCUUGUGAUCAUCCAUACCAUUGUGAAUGCAUUACAACCUGGCUCCAAAUCAAGAAGGUUUGCCCGAUAUGCAGCGAAGAAGUUUCGUCAGCUAAAAGUCCUAGGAUUUUAUAGUUGUUUAUGUCGGUUCAAUCUGUAAAUAAUUACUCCGUACUUGUUAACAUAUUAGAAAUGUGAAUAUCAAUAUUUGAAACAACAAAUUCUUUUGUAAAUUAUAAAGUAAUGUUUAAUCAAUCUACGAAUUCAUAUAUUGGUGC